AUGGCAUUAUUCCCAGUGUUACUGAGUUUCACUGCAGUGUUAUUCUCAUUCUUUCCUGCAAAUGGACAGGAUUCAUUUUUUGAUUCAUUGUCAACCUCUCUACCUGCAAUUCAAACAGAAAUUGUAGAUAAGCACAAUGAGUGUAGAAGAACCGUCAUACCACCUGCCACCAACAUGGUAAAAAUGGCAUGGAGUACUGAAGCAGCAAAAAGAGCUCAAGAGUGGGCAAAUAAAUGCACUUUGCAACACAGUCCAGAAGAGCUGCGAAAAAUCAGUACUAGUGGUUGUGGUGAGAAUCUCUUUAUGGCAAGUUAUCCAGCUACAUGGACAGAAGCAAUUGAUAGUUGGAAUGAUGAGAAGGAGGAUUUUAUUUAUGGCAUAGGACCAAAGAGUCCUGGUGCAGUGAUUGGACAUUACACACAGGUUGUUUGGUUUUCUUCUGCACUUCUUGGAUGUGGAGCUGCCUAUUGUCCAAAUGCAAGACUACAAUAUUACUAUGUUUGCCGUUACUGUCCUGCUGGUAAUCUUCAGAGCAAGAAGCACGUGCCUUACAUCAAUGGAACACGGUGUGCUGCCUGCCCUAAUGACUGUGACAAUGGACUAUGCACUAACAGUUGCAUUCAAGAAGAUAAAUAUGGAAACUGUAAAAGUCUGGUGGGUAUGUUGGGUUGUGAUCAUGAGCUCACCAAGAAUGGCUGCGAGGCUGAUUGCCAGUGUCAAAACAAGAUUCAUUAA